GCCGCUCCGCUGAAGGGGUCCACAGUAAAGUAUAUUCGUCCUCCUCGUAUCUAGCGAGCAGCGCGCCCACCAUGGCCAGAAUAACGUCGCUAGAGACGAGGGUCCUGCUCAUCCUGGCCUUCUUCUGUCUGAACAAGCAUGGCCGCGGUGUCGUGGAUGCUUACACUUGCGGAGAGCCCUUGCCUCCGACGAUGCUGGUGGCAACCUCGCACAAUGCCUCUGCAUUCACGCUGACCUGGGGGCUGGGCAAGAACCCCGUCCACUGCCUCGUCGGGGUCCGCGUGUGUCUGCACCAACCAGCAGGAAGCUACGACUGCCUGUUCCUCAGCUGCGACGAUCUGGGAGGCUGCGCUAACUCCAACUCUUGGUCCAGCGACGGCUCCCGGCUGCAGACGGCCACCUGCGCCAAGCACGUCGCCACUGUCGCCGCUGUCUACGACUUCCUCGGCAUAGAUGGCAGGAUCUCUGAGGCAAGCUCGGUCCAAUUCCAAGCAGCCCCGGUGGGAGUGUCGGACUUGUCGGCGGCCGGGACGACCGGCAACUCUACGCUGCUGGAGUGGAAGGCCUCCACGUCCUACUGUGCCGACCACUACAAUGUGUCCUGGUGCGCGGUGGCAUACCCCUGGUCGGAGGACUGCCGCCCCACCAGCCAUCUGCUGUCCGCCGACUCGACAUCCUUCAGCAUCACCGGGAUGGCGCCCUGCACCAACUACCGCAUCACCGUGACCACCGUGUCGGGCAUCUCCGGCCCGCGCACCGAGGACACCCUCGUCGUCACCACGCCCUCCGGAGGUUUGGGGGCAGUCCAGCACCUGACGGUGGGCGUGUCCGGGGACGAGGUGGCCCUGAGCUGGGACGUGCGCCAAGAGGACCGCACCUGCACGGCGGACUACGAGGUCUGCUGGCAGGACGAGCAGGGCAACACGACUUGUCGCCUGGACGAGCCCGGGGCGCUGCUGCGCCUCGACUACUGCUCCGAGUACAACGUGAGCGUGCGGGCCAUCGACAUGGACAACUCCUCCUCCCAGCCCGUCGUCCACCACAUCACCACAGGAGCUGAGAAAGUGCACAACCUGACGGCCACCAAUGUAACGGCCCGCUCCGCCACGCUGACGUGGGAGCCAUCGCCCUCCUCGACCACCUGCGGGCUGAGCUACCUGGUCUCCUGGUGCGCCCAGACGGACGCCAACGACCCACCCUGCGAGCCGACCGCCCGACAGAAGCUGCCGGUGAACAGCACCCGUCACAGCAUCUCGGGGCUGACGCCGUGUCUGCCGCACCACGUCUCCAUCGUCACCAACUGCGUCGGCGGCUUGACGAGCGGUGCCCACACCAUCACCAUCCAGACCAGCCUGGAUGAGCUUGAACCACCACAAGACGUGAACGUGAACGUGGUGAGCUCGGCACUCACCAUGGUGGAGUUCUCACCCCCCAAGGAGUCAGGGCGGUGCAUAUCCAGCUACGUGGGAUGCCUUAGGCAAGAUGGCGUCUCCGAGUCCCGCCCGGUGUGCCUGCCCUCUGCCAACCUCCUCUACUGGGCCAACUGGGACAACCACACCACGCCUUGCACCAACUACACCCUCGAGCUGACAGUCUUCAGCACCGAUGGCAGGAACGCCAGCAAGUCGGUGUCCUUCACCUCAGGCGCGGGCGAGGUGGCAGGUUUGAGGGCAGCCAACGCGACAUCCAACACCUCCUCGGCGGCGACCAGGCUGACGUGGGACGUGGCCUCUCCCAGCGGGUGCGUGCCGUACCAGCUGGUGAUGUGGGCUCUCGCGGACGGCAACGGGACCGGUGGGGAGGCCAGGGUCUCCAGGGACGCCACGCAGGUGCUGCUGGAGGGUCUGGAGCCGUGCUCGCGGUACCAGGCGGGGGUCAUGGAGCAGGCGUCCACGCCGUCCGUCGUCGAGAGCAUCGAGUUCUACAGCGCCAGCAACGUGACGGCAGCCUCUGGCCUGGCGGUGACCUGCGAGCCGGGCAAGCCGGCAGCAGUGCUCUCCUUCUUCGCCCCGCCCUCUCCGAGGUGCGUGGCCAACUACUCGGUGUGCUGGGGCCCUGGCCAAGCCCCCUCCCCCGACUGGAGCUGCCGGGAUGUGGGCGGCACGGGGCACGUGAGCGUGGCGCUGGCAGGUCUGAACAGGUCCGAGCAGUACGGCUGCAGCGUGACUCCCGUGGCGCCCGACUGCCGGCCCUACUCCACGGCGCGCCUCGCCUUCAACUACACCUGCUCUGGUUGUGUGUCCGCGAUUUCUCCGAGCAUCGGUGUCCUGGUUCUUCUACCAGGAGUGCUGCGACGGCUUCUGAGCAGACUUCAGUAGCGCUGCUUCUGCCCGCGGCAACGAGACACCUUCAUGCUGAUCGAUUAGAUGUCACAAUUUUUUUACAAAGUCAAAAGUAAUUAAACUCGUAAAAUAUUUGGGUACAUUGGUUUUCUUAAAGCCUGGAUAUUUGUGUAGAAGUGCUUUAACCAUGUAUUAUUUUUAAUAAAUAAAUAUGCGUGUACUGUUUAAA